AUGGAAAAUAGAUUCCGAGUGGUCCACGAUAGGGUACAUGAUGCUUCCGAAGGCUCUUCCACCAAGUGGCAGGGGCCGUUCUCCUUCGUACAGAUGGCUGACACACAACUAGGCAUGUUCCAUGCUGAUAGAGAGUGGGACGAGGAGGUUGAGAUGGCCUCGCGAUCCAUAUCGUUCAUCAACGAAUUGAAACCGAAGUUCGUAGUAGUAUGCGGUGAUCUAAUAAACGCUUGGCCCGAUCAGGAAGGUGUUCGUCAAGAGCAGGUUAAGUCGUACAUGGACGUUAUGGGGAAAAUAGUUGAAGAUAUCCCCUUGCUUUGCCUAUGCGGUAACCAUGAUGUUGGCAAUCGGCCCAACAGUCGGACCAUAGCACUCUACUCAAAGGACUUCGGCGAUGAUUACUACACCUUCACAGUUGGUGGUGUCCUCUUCGUGGUCACCAACUCUAUUUUGCCGUGGGGUAGGGAUAGAGCGGCCCGUGAAGGGGAGACUGGGCCGGAUGAUGUUGCCGAGUUGGACGAGAAGCAGUGGGAAUGGCUUGAGUCUACAUUGAAGGAGGCAUCUAGAGCCAAGUAUACGCACAUUAUACUCUUAACACAUGUCGCACCCUUUAUAAAGGAUCCUAACGAGCAUGACGGUUACUUUAAUAUGCCGCAAUCCGUCAGGGGAAGGCUCCUGCAUCUCGCUUCAGAGGCGGGGGUGAAGGCAAUCUUUGCUGGUCAUUAUCACCGAAACGCUGGAGGAUGGUACACCGAUCCGUCUGGUCAUAAACUCGAAGUCAUCACGACCACUGCUAUAGGAUGUCAGAUAAACUCGAGUAGAGAGCCUGAUGCGGAUCCAUUAGAACUUAGUGGGAUGGGCGACUUUGUCAUAGACGAAACACGGUCUGGACUACGCCAAGUCGACGUCACCGAAGAAGCAGUGUCGCAUAAGUUCAUUACGGUUGCGGAGAUGAUGGAUCGUUAUGCGAAUCUUGAAUGAAGUCUACACAUAUUGAAACCACACCUUUUGCACGUAUUUACCCCUCCGUAUCGUUG